UUACCAUCCAUCCAGGGACGUCCGCCUUUUGAAGUCGUGUCGUCACCUCUGCUUUCAUCUCCUCGAUACCCAGUGUAGAAGACAGCCGUGUCAUCUGCCAUCUCCCACGUAUAUAUGUGAGUUGCGUCGUCCCUGAGGCUAGACUGUAACUUAGUAGUUUGCCAUGUGGGAACAUGCCUCCUCUGACAGUCGUUCCGAAUAGCUCAGCUUCCUUGGCUCUCACAUAGCGCCCCCGCGAACAGACACAGAGCAAUCCGCAAUGUCGGGGUCACUAUCCGACUCACUGUCUCCUCCAGACACAACCGUCGCGAGCGACAAGCCGUACCAUUCGAAGCGACCGCACAAGAAAUCCAGGGCCGGGUGUAAGAACUGCAAAGCCCGCAAAGUCAAAUGCGACGAAGCCCGCCCGAUUUGUCGCUCCUGCAAGCUACGCAAGAACGAAUGCGUGUAUCCAGACAUUCCAGAGCCUGCAAGCGCAGCAGCUUCGAGCAAGCCCAGAUCUGCGCCAGACAGUGUCGACAAUGCCCCUACGAGCAGCGCAUCGCCCAGCAGUGCCUUUGAGGAAUGGUGCAACGGCGGUGGCCAUAGUCAUACGCCGGCCCAAAGCAAUGCCCUCGUCCGCGCGUCUACCGCGUCGUCUACCACUCCACACGUCACCGACGCAUGCCCGCCCGAAUUGAAGAACGACCUACAACUGUUGCGCGAACCUUUGUUUCGGCCGGCCGUCGCACGCGAUGAUUUCGACAUGCGACUGCUGUGGUUCUACACCACAGCCACCUGCUCUUCCUUCAGCAUCGAGUACGCCGCAGACCGUCCCGUGGAGACAAUCAUGCGAACGCGCAUCGUACAUCACGCCUUCCAGACACCCUUCCUCAUGCAGUCGCUGUUUGCGCUCGCGGCACUGCAUCUGCAAAACCUGAAUCAGGAGAUCGACCCCAAGCGAGCUCUCGCGUAUCGUGCUACGUCCUUUGAGGGAUACCGCAAGGCGGUCGCGGAAGCGGAUCCCGAAACGUUCCCCGCCAUGAUCACCAACUCUCUUAUUCUCACUGCACUGUCAUCACAAGCUUUCCGCGACGCCGAUGGGAAGGACUUGUACAUUGUGGACUGGAUGAUUGUCUGGAGAGGUAUCGGUCUGAUCAUCCAGACCAUGGGCUUUGAGCGGUUCUUGGCAUCGGGCCUUCAGACACUCUUCUAUCGCCCACCCAUGGACCUUGACGACGCAGCAAAGCACAUCCCCAAUACUCUCUUGUAUAUGGUCUCUUCAAUCCCCGAGAGCGACCCGGAUUUCCAAGAGACCCAGACCUAUUACGAUACCCUCAAAUAUUUGGGCGCGCUCUACCAAAACCUGCAUGAUGGAGGCCUCGGGCCCAUCAUGGUACUGAGAAUCAUCACCUGGUUCACGUUCAUCCCAAACGGCUUUGUUGAGCUAGGCCGUCAACGGCGACCUCGGGCCUUGGUCAUCAUCGCAUUCUAUGCCGCUUUCCUGAAGCUCGCCAAUUCAGUCUGGUGGAUCAAGGGUAUCGGCCAACGGACGCUCCGCGACGUCUGCCGUCACCUUGGGCCGGAGUGGUCCUACGUUCUGAAUAUGCCUAUGCAUGCCAUAAACACGGAGGAUCGGGAAGACCUAGUCCGUCUCAUACUGGCAGAUCCCGAAUGGCUAUCCGCGGACAAGCCUGCAACAGAAGAUCCUCUGGCAGCCGCAGUAGACGAGCACCCUACCUGGACCGUCUUUUUAGGGAAGGAAGUCGAUCUUAGCUGUAAUUUUGAGCUGCACGCACCGGACGGUGAAUUAAUGCCUUGAUACCUUUGAAUAUAUGAUCUAUUAUAUAUCAGGAGAUGAAAGAAACCACGAUUAAAAGCGUGAAUUGAGUCUUACUUAGAUUCUGUGGUUUUGUAUACCAUCUUCAAUUGUACAAUU